AUGAAUCAAGAUGAUAAUAAAACAACAAAUUUAACAAAUAGUAAUAGUAAUAAUAAUGGUAGUAAUAUAAGCUUUUCAUUUGGUUUAAAUAGUAAUAAUAAUUCAAGAGCCAAAGAAUUGUUAGAAAACAAUAAAAAGAGAAAAGAGGCAGAGAGUAAUACCAAUUACUUGACGUCGAUAGAGGGUACCAAGAUCACUUCAAUCAUAAGCGAUGAACCAACUCAAAAAGGUCCAAAGAUUAUACCAAUCGAUUUGCAAAGAGGAGGCAAUGUAAAUAAUAAGAAUAUAUCAACAACUACAACAACAAAUGUAACAGAACAAAAGAUUACUUCAAUCAUUCAAGAAAAGGAAGAUGAUAAACAAGUGGUUUCAAAAAAGUUAAAGAAAGAGAAUCAACAAGAGGAAACGACUACCUCUACUAGUUCCACUACCUCUUCUACCGCUACUACUACUAUAACUAAACCAACUGAAACUGAUUCAUUCAAUCCAACUCAAACUGGUUUACAAGUUAGAAAGAAAAAAGAAACAAUGGAUAUUGAUAAAGAAUCACAGACAAUGCGACCAUUGAUUGAUAAAUUGGAUGGAUUAGAUGGUUAUAACAACGAUGAAGAUAAAUUUAAAUUUGAUCUAUCGACACGACCUGACGAGGCGAAUCAAGAUGACUAUGAAGAGACACCAAUUGACAUUUUUGGUAAAGCAAUGUUGAUGGGUAUGGGUUGGAAACCAGGUCAAGGUAUUGGUCUCACCAACAAGGGUGUUGUCGAACCAGUUCAAUUCUUGAAACGUGCCGGUAGAUUGGGAUUGGGUGCUCAACCAUCCGACGUUGCAAACAAAGAAAAGAAAUAUAUGACUGCACCCAAAGGAGAGGAUGGCAAGGUAAGACACACUGUUGGUCUCAGUGAAAAGCUUGUACCACUCAAAUUUGGUCUACAACCUGGUGAUCGAGUAUUGGUUAUUUCAGGACCACAUGAAGGUCUCAAUGCAACUGUAGAAUCAUUGGCUCAAUCUGAUAGAAUUGUCAUUAGAUUUAAAUCUGAUGAAUUGGCUGCUGUUGAUAAAUGUGAUUUACAAAUAUUAGAAAAGAAUAAUAAUAGUAAUCAUAAUAGUAAAGCGUCAUCCUCUUCAUCUUCAUCUUCAUCAACUUAUUCACAAUCUAAUUCAAAAUCCUAUUCUUCGUCUUCAUCUUCAUCAUCUUCAUCAAAUUCAUCAUCAGAUGAACCAAUGUGGAUUAGAUCAAGUUUGGUUGUAAAAAUUAUUAGCAAGAGUUUGGGAGAUGGAAGAUAUUAUAACAAAAAGGCGACAAUUGUGGAUAUUAUAGGUGACAAGUUAUGUAUAGUAGAGUUGGAUAAUGGAAAGGUGGUAGAUAAUGUGAAACAAAGAAUGUUGGAGACUGCAAUUCCCAGAGCAUCGGGGUCAACAGUUAUUAUUGUCUCUGGAAAGCACAAAAGUAGAGUUGGAACUUUGGUUGAAAGAAGAUCAGGCUCCAAAAAAGAGACUGCAAUUGUUCAAUUAAUAGGUGACCUUUCAGUUUUGGAGUUUGAUUUAGAUGAUAUAUGUCAAUAUGUAGGAAAUAAAGAUAUUGAAUUAAUGUCAUGA